GGUACCUCCCACUUCUCUCCGGCUUGUUUAAGUGCUCUGCUCUGCCUCCUUCGCUUUCAACGAGCGCUCUCGUCGACGACGGUCCGUGCGCCCUCUGACUCGCUGUGACUGGCCCCGGCUCGUCUCCUGCGCCUCCUGCAGCCCUGACAGACCGGAGAGGAGCGAGUGCGCUCCGGUGAUACACAGCUUCUCGUUUGGGUUCAUAAGUCUGCGUGGACGCGAACUCUGCUGCGCAACUGGAGGAGGAGAAGAAGUGUGUGUGUGUGUGUGUGUGUGUGUGUGUGUGUGUGUGUGUGUGUGUGGACAGAUUCCUGCGUCUCUCGCCGACAAAGUGGAUAAAAAAAACAGUUUGGGUUAUAAAGAAAGAAAAGCUGCUCGACUCGAGUUCAUCCCGAGAACCGUGGAUUACUCUGCCAAGAGAUUUGGGCCUCAACACCGAGGGCCACCAUGUUCCCUUACUUCCUGCUCUUGUUCCUCUCGUCUGGUUGCGUGUUAUCCUCUGACUGCCCAGCAGACUGUUCUUGCCCGAUCCCGGACUCUAUAUUCUGCAUUAAUCGACGCUCCGGCACUGUGCCCCAUGUCCCCACCACCUCCAAAGAACUCUACAUCUUCCAGAAUGGCAUCAACACUUUGUCCCAAGAUGACUUCAAAGGCCUGGUGGAAUUGGAGAUGCUAGAUCUGAGCCAGAAUAAGCUGGCAGAAAUACCAGAUGGUGUGUUUGAGAUGCUGUCGAAGCUGAAGAACCUGGACCUGUCCUCGAAUCACAUUACCCACAUUUCCAAAGGCAGUUUUUCUGGGUUAGUCCAGCUGGAGAGGCUGUAUCUCCAUGGAAACACCAUUCAGAGUAUACAUUUAGAAGCUUUUGAAGGUUUAGAGAUGCUACUGGAGCUCAAACUCCAAGGGAACCAGCUCACAUCGUUGCCAUCCCUUCAUUUCCCUAGUCUUCUGCUUCUAGAUCUCAGCAACAACAACAUCCCCGCCUUGGGACCCUCAGACCUCCAGACUCCUCACCUGGAAGCCCUGAAGGUGGCCUCUCUGGGGCUUACUUCUGUAGAUGAGGAUCUCAUAGCCUCCUUGGGGAAUCUCCAUGAGCUUGACAUCUCCAUGAACCAGUUAACUGAGGUGCCACAUGCCUUAAAGCAAGACUCCCUUAAGGGACUGAUCAAGCUCAACCUGGCAGCCAACCAAUUUGGUGAGCUCAGGAUGGAGGACUUUCAGAGACUGACUGGACUACAAGAACUGGAUCUCAGUGGACUUAAUCUCCAGAGUUUUCCCAAGAGUUUCUUCCAGAUAUUCCCAAAGUUGAUGCACCUGACAGCAGCUGAGAACCCAUUUAACUGCUUGUGUCCAUUAGCCUGGUUCCCUGUGUGGCUAAAAGAGAAGGAUGUGGAACUUGGGAGACCAGAAGAAACCAGAUGUCACUUCCCUCUAGUUAAUGCUGGUAAGAUGCUUUCAGCACUGGAGCACAAAGAUUUUGGAUGUCCACCUUCCACAACAGUACUCAUUGGCUCCCCCACUGGAAGUACUCCCGUUCCCCAGAUGCUCACCACACAUCCCGAAUCCACCGAUACCAAUGCUCUUCCUCCUCCUCCACCACCCAGUGAUGAAACAGUCUCCUCUAAAACAGACAGCUAUCCCCUUCCAGCAGAACCUCCAGUCUCCCCUAGCUCCACCAGUGGGGAAUACGAGCAGCACAUCUGCCCAGCAAACAUCUGCCUCAAUGGGGGCACUUGUAAUUUUGAUCCACUGGGUCAACUCAGCUGUCUUUGUCCCUCUGGAACCUCUGGUCUCUACUGUGAAAAUGUGGAUGAAGUUCCAGAGCCACCAAAACCUUUGGCAACAGAAGUUUCAAUAGUUGCCCCCCCCAUGCCCGAGGAACUUGAUGCCAUCAGCUCACGGCAGGUGACCUCAACAUCUAUCCUUCUUGACCUGCACCGCUUCAUCGAGACACGGCCACACAUCCGUGGCAUCAGGUUGACCUACCGUAACCUCUCAGGGCCUGACCGCCGCCCCAUUAUCCUGAGUGUACCGGCAUCCUACCCUGAGUACACUUUACGCGGUUUAAGACCCAACUGUACCUACUCAGUAUGCGCCAGUCCCCUGGGUGAAAGAGUCAACUCUAGGGCCAACAGCUCUGUGGAAACAGGGUCGUGUACAGAGGCUCGCACUGGGGUUCCACUGACAUCCUUAGAGCCCAGGGUGGAGACACAGAGCCAGGUAACAUAUACUCUGAUCCCUGCCCUGGCUGCCUUGGCACUGGUGUUGGGGUUGGCCGUGGUGGCUGGGACGAUCAUCUGUCUGCGGAAGAGAAGGCAGGCCAAGGCGGGAAUGGAGCUGGAGCUGGGCCCAGCUGAUCCGGAUCCCAUGGAAAUGGAGGGGAUCAAGGCCUGCCUGGAGAAUGGGGGAAAUGGUACACUAUCGCAGAAACAGCCUGAGAUUGACCGCUGUCACACUCCUCAGCCACCUCCAUCUUCGCAACAAAAUGGGGGCUUGGACUAUGAGGUACCCUUAAUGCAAGGACAUUGCCCAUCCAAUAACAAUCUUGCAUCACUAAAGCCAUCAUAUUUCUAAGAUGCAAUAAAAUACAAACACUUGGAACGAUUUUGGAGUGAGCGGGCUGGCCCAUCAGGACUUGUGAGAUCCUGUGAUGGCUCAUUUAGUGGUUAAAAAUCUAAUUUUCAUUCCAAUUUCACAUAUCCACAAUUUGAAAAGUGAAACUUACUUAUUUGGACUUGUCUAAAUGAUAACACUUCAGAAAGGAUAAUCUAUUUCAAAGAUAUGAAAUGAUACUGAAUGAUGAAAAUUACGUAGCAUAUUGGCAAUGUGCUAAGCCACUGUGGGACAACAAACAGGAUGUGGUUUAAAGUCAUCCAGCUGAGUUUGAUGCUGGUGAGACCUAACCAAGUGAUUUAACUACGUGCAAUCGAAAAGAUUGGUCUCAGUAGCAAGAGUGAAAACGGAAGUGCCUUUUUGCGUAGACACAACUGUAUUCAAUCGCUCAUUUUAUUUUUAUUUUGUUUAUACAAAAGAAACUAUGUGAAUGAGCUGUAAUCCUGUUGCUGGAUUUGGGAGAUACAAGAAGGAGAAAGGUGCCGCAGGGUUUGGGCGACAGAAGUCAAGGAAAUGACGGCGGUUUCAGUGAAAACAGCGAUCUAGAUGUAGACUUGCCUGGACCCCAGGUCCUGGUACAAAAUGGGGGUUUGACCAACGCCACCUGCUCCAUGGGAAUUAUAAAAAGAACUUGCACUGAAAAGAAAUAUCCCCUUCCUUUUUGGAGUCUCCGUGACGAACUGCCAAAAGACUGAUGGUCACAUAAAUAUUACAUAAAGCUAGUAAUGGGUUGAUGAUAAUAGAAGCUGCCUAAACUCCAUAUUUUACAGUUGACAUGAUCUAAUCUUCAAGCUUCUUCACAUGCGACUUUGGAUAUUUCAGUGUUUACAGAUCUACAAUAGUUCUUUCCACACAUCCCAACGCUUCUGGCUCCGCAGGAGACACAUUUGCUGUUAGAUAAAUGGACUGAACGAAGAGCCAUUGUAAAUGGACUUUGCCUGCAUUGUUCUGUGCUGUGACGAGAAGACUGCUUUGUCUAAGCUGAUAUCAUGUUUUUCUGUUUUUGUUCUGUUUUCUUUUCCAUUAUUGUUGCCUUUUUUGUUGUUGCUGUUGAUGUUCAUACGGUAUUGCAAUUGUUGUCAGUUGAAACUUUAUGCAUUUUUUUCCCCCUUAAAAAAAAAUCUAAAAUCAUCAUAGAUUUGCUAAUUUGCAUUUUAGCUAACGUGAAGCUUAAACUUUCCCGAUCUCCGUCUAGUGAGUGUAGAAGGAAAUCACUAGUUUAGUUUUUUUGGACCAGCACUAAAAGCGACUAGCAAUAAUAAACUAAAACGUUUUAAUGAAAUAACUCAAUUAAAAAGUCUGUUGUCUAUGCAGAAUGCCGACGUGCAAUGCAUCUGAGGAACUUUUUUUUAAUCUAAAUGUCAAGUGUCAGACACUUUACUCUGUCUGCCAGGUCUGCCAACGCUUCACAAGGACACAGUUAAGCCGAGCCUCAGACUGUUUUUUGACUGCCAACGUAUCCCAAAACUAUGUUCAGAGGCCUUUUGCCACAGAGGCCACUCCUGUUAAGUGGCACACAUGUGCCGAGGAAAGAAAGCGAGUUCAAAGAGAGUCGCGGCAAUGUGCUGCGUGUGUCAGUAAGUUUUACACUCCAGUUUUUUUCCCCUGCUGACUGUCUCAUUGCCAAGAUAUGGUCGAAACAGUGUUCUAUCCAUUCAUUAGCUAUACCACUUAUGCUUUGAGGGUCUUUUGGGGGGGGGGGGGGGGGGGGGGGGGGGGGGGGGUGGUGGAGCCAAUCCCAGCUGACAUUGGGCAAGAGGCGGGGUAUACCCUGGUCGCCACAGAGCUGAUGUACAGAGACAAACAACCAAUCAGGCUUACGUUCAACGCUACAGGCAAGUGAGAGUUGCCAGUUGACCUAACCUGCAUGUCUUUGGACUGUGGGCGGAAACCAGAGCGCGAGGAGAACAUGUCAACUCCACAGACUCGCAGUGAGGCGACACUCUGCAGCGUUCCCCUCUUGCUUUUCGUUGUCUCCACUUUAACCACCCUGCGUUUUUUCCUUGGCUUGCGUCUUUGGAGACCGUUGUUUUGCUUGUUUGCUGCAUAACCAGACUGUGAAAUGCACCCUUCUUAGUUAUUUAUUGUGUUUUUUUUUCCUUUCCUGUCUGAGGCAGAGGAAUGUCACAAGCUUUUAGCGCUCGUUCUUUAAAACCGCAAAAAGUUAAAACAGGUUUACACAGACGUGCCUUGGCAGCAUCGCGAGCCUUUGCCGAGAUCUUGCAGUGUCACAUGACACGCUGACGUGUAUUUCAGGAACUAAAGGGCCUUUAUUUUUUGCCUCAUAAGACAUUUUAUCAUAUUACAUUACAAACAAAAAAUGAAGAAAGAAAAAUGUAAUGUGGUCAAUUCAGCCAGUUUUAAAAAAUGUGUGUGUGUGUGUGUUUGCGUCCACAUCCACAGUACGUUGCCUUCUUUACAAUUGAGCCCGUGCGCUACACUCCAGUACUGUCCAAAAUCAACUCACCAUUAUCCGGCUUCUCUACUUUCUUCACUCUGUCAAUAUUACAGUGUAAACACAGACACAGAUGCUCAUAUACAGUAUUCCCCCCCCCCCCCGCCCCAAUCCAUCAACUGGAAAUCACGCUGUAUUGCUUCGUAAAGUGAGAGGAGGCAGGAAAUGUUUGAAAUAUUUUCCACAUGCUUGUUACAGUAUCUUGCCUGUUGUAUUUAGGGGAUGCUUCUUUUCUUUUUCUUCUCUUUAAGUUGUUUCAUGUUUGUCAGUUACGUCGAUUACGUCUUUGUGUACAUGUCUGCCAGAAAACCAAUGCUGAGAAUAAAAAAAGAGCAGUAUUAAAAAUGCCUUAAUGACAAAA